GUUAGGGACCGAGUGCCAACGCGGACUUUUCUUCAGGAACCAGACCACUAACGGAGGAGGCGUGAAGAAAGUUACAAGAAAGUGCUGUUGACAGGCAAUCGCAAUGCUCCCGAGGUCACUCGCAUCGCUUUGCCUCCUGGCCGCUGUCGCCUUCGCCGUCCCGGCUCAGGAGAAACGUGUCCAUCACCAAGCCGAUCUCAGCGACCACGACCACGACGACAAACACGGCUUCCAGUACGACCACGAAGCCUUCCUGGGGAAGGAGGAGGCAAAGACCUUCGACCAGCUCACUCCAGAGGAGAGCAAAGACAGACUGGCGAAGAUCGUGGACCGCAUCGAUACAAACAAAGAUGGCUUCGUCAACCACGCGGAGCUGCAUUAUUGGAUCAAACACCGCCAGAGGAGUUACAUCAAUGACAACGUCAACAAACACUGGAAGGACUACGACAAGAACCAGGAUGACAAGAUCGCCUGGGAGGAGUACAAAAACACCACCUAUGGCUACUAUCUUGGCGAGGAGUUUGACGACGUGGACGACAAAGCCACCUACAAGUCUAUGCUCACCCGAGACGAAAGGCGCUUCAGGAUGGCCGACAGGGACGGGGACGGGAUCGCCACGCGUGAGGAGUUCACCGCCUUCCUGCAUCCGGAGGAGUUUGAUUACAUGAGAGACUUGGUUGUUCAGGAAACAAUCGAGGACAUCGAUAAGAACGGCGACGGCAAGAUCGAUUUAUACGAAUACAUCGGGGACAUGUACACACCAGAGGAUGGAGAGAGUGAACCUGAGUGGGUCCAGACUGAGAAGAAACAUUUCACCGAGAUGAGAGACGCCAACAAGGAUGGUCACAUGGACUCCAGUGAAGUGGCCCACUGGAUUUUGCCAGGAGAAGUGGACCACGCUGACAACGAAGCCAAACACCUGAUCCACGAGACGGACAACAACCAGGACGAGAAGAUGAGCAAGAAGGAAAUCCUGGCCAACUGGAACAUGUUUGUGGGCAGCCAGGCCACCAAUUACGGAGAGGAUUUAACUAAGAGACACGACGAACUCUGAUGAGCCGUUGUGUUCCAGGAGGAGCUCAUCUGACGUUUGCUCACGGGGGUUGGGGGGAGGGGGGUUUGGGUAGGACAGGUCGCCAAUUUGGACUCUGAUCCAGAGUACGAACUUGUAAUCUUGUUCACACUUGCUCAUGCUCAGUUACUGUUCAACACACUGUCACAUACCGUGUAUGUGGAUACAGGUGACGCACUCCCACUUUUCAUACUAAAACAUUUCAAUUUGAUAUUCUCAGGACUUGGAUUGUAUCGCAGCCGCAGUGUUCAGGCCUAUCUAGUCUUUGAGCAUGAAACUGACGUCUUCCAAGGCAACCUGAACAGUCCAGUUGUGACCGAUCCAAUGCCCUGACAAUACAAUAACCUGGCUGAAUGACAAUCUUCACAAUUUGAUGGUACAGUAGUGUGUUUUGAGUUUGAGCUUUAAAAAGUGGUUACUGAAAACCGUCGUGGUGUAACACUCCAACAACCACUUUCACGUUUGUUUAUGACAUCGUAUGUAAGAAACAAAGGCAAGAUAGUAGCAGUUUUUGGAUACAAAGAACGUACGACUGCGCCCAGUGAGGAGUGAGGUGUGUCGGAAACGUUGGCUACUAAAAUAUGUUACCAACAAAAUAACUGUUACAAAUAAAAUAUUUUACAACA